UUAACCCCAGGGAGAACCCUGUACAGUGUACACCAGGAGACAGCUGCAGAACAUCCUACUACAACUCAGAAGGACUCACCAUGAGCACAGCUGGGCAAGUAAUCAAAUGUAAAGCUGCGGUGUGCUGGGCACCUAAACAACCGCUCAGUAUAGAAGAGAUUGAAGUUGCGCCACCAAAGGCUCAUGAAGUUCGCAUAAAGAUUGUGGCGACUGGAGUUUGUCGUUCAGAUGAUCAUGUUAUAAGUGGUGCUUUAGAUGUGAAAUUCCCUCUGAUUCUGGGCCAUGAAGCUGCUGGGAUUGUAGAGAGUGUUGGUGAAGGAGUAACAGAUCUGAAACCUGGAGACAAAGUCAUCCCACUGUUUAUGCCUCAGUGUGGAAAAUGCAGAUGUUGUGUGAAUCCAGACAGCAAUCUUUGCUACAAAAAUGAUCUUGGGAAAUAUAAUGGAGUGCUAUUGGACAACACCAGCAGAUUUUCCUGCAAGGGGAAACCUGUUCAUCACUUCCUCACUUCCAGCACUUUUACCGAGUACACAGUGGUUGAUGAAAUUGCUGUUGCUAAGAUACACCCGGAUGCACCGUUGGAUAAGGUCUGCCUUAUUGGCUGUGGAUUCUCCACCGGAUAUGGCUCUGCUGUGAAUACUGCUAAGGUUAAACCCGGAUCUACCUGUGCAGUAUUUGGUCUGGGAGGAGUGGGGUUGUCAGUGAUUAUUGGAUGUAAAGUAGCUGGUGCUUCCAGGAUUAUAGCCGUUGACUUAAACAGUGACAAAUUUGCAAAAGCCAAAGAGUUUGGAGCCACUGAAUGUAUCAAUCCUAAAGACUAUGACCGUCCUAUCAAUGAAGUGCUGACAGAAAUGACUGACGAUGGAGUGGACUAUGCCUUUGAGGUCAUUGGAAACACUGGAGUCAUGCAAUCUGCUCUUAAAUCCACUCACUUUGGCUGUGGAAAAACUGUGAUUGUAGGUUUGGCUCCUUCAAACGCUACGAUUACAUUGGAUCCAAUGCUAGUUCUAACUGGACGUGUUCUGACUGGAGCCUUUUUUGGAGGUUGGAAAGGUAAAGAUGAUGUACCAAAAAUUGUGUCUGAUUAUAUAAAUAACAAAUUUGAGUUUGAUGGGCUGAUAACCCACAGAUUGCCAUUUGAGAAGAUCAAUGAAGCAUUUGAACUUCUGCGCAAAGGAGAGAGUAUCCGUACAGUGUUGUCAUUUUGAAGAUCUUAAUCCCGACCAUCAUCUAACGAAGAAAUCUCCACUACUGUCGCCUUGCAAGAUGCAACCUUCAUUUAUCACAUGAAACUUUUAUUACCUCAUAUAAUAUACUGAGAGGUCUAAUGUUACAGAACAUGGUGUAUACUGUAUCUUCAAUAUAUCAUGUUAUUCACAUACACGUUAGAAAAAUGUGCCUAUUAUACGCACAUUAUACGCAUUGUUAUCUCCUCCCUUUCCUAUACAUGUUUUUGCUUUUCUUCUGUUUGCAGGCUAGCUAGCAGGAAUAAAUCCUUUUCUCAGUUGCAGAGAGCAGGUCAUCAAUGUGUGGCUCCAGCAGAUCUGCUCUCCACAAGUGAAACUGACGGUUUCCAUAUGUGCGUGUAGAUCCAGCAGGUCUACUCUGCACAAGUGAAACUGACGGCUUCCAUAUGUGCGUGUAGAUCCAGCAGGUCUGCUCUCCACAAGUGAAACUGACGGCUUCCAUAUGUGCGUGUAGAUCCAGCAGGUCUGCUCUCCACAAGUGAAACUGACGGCUUCCAUAUGUGCGUGUAGAUCCAGCAGAUCUGCUCUCCACAAGUGAAACUGACGGCUUCCAUAUGUGCGUGUAGAUCCAGCAGGUCUGCUCUCCACCAAGUGAAACUGACGGUUUCCAUAUGUGCGUGUAGAUCCAGCAGGUCUGCUCUCCACAAGUGAAACUGACGGUUUCCAUAUGUGCGUGUAGAUCCAGCAGGGUCACCCAAGUGCUGCAGUGUUCAUUCCUGGAGCAUUACAGCCUAGUUCUGAUGACUGAUUACAAUGUCAAGUUCCAGCUUUGUAAGGUCUCCCUUUAAUUGUAGGCAGUAUAUCUUUAAAACAUCACAUUUGCAUAUAUAAUGUGUCCUAAAAAAUAAAACAUUUCCUUAAUCGCUCAGAAAA